CUCUGUAUGGGCUGUGAAGGAUAGUCACGUAAAAGAUACAGGAAACAUAACAAGUUCCCUUUAGUGAAACAGUGGUUAUACCGCAUCAGCAGAAGCUUUUCCAACCUCCCAGCAGAGAGCCUGUUCCUUUUCGGGGAAAGCAUGAAUCCACCCAAACUGAACAGCCGUUCAACUGGUGCACUGGAUGGAGUUGGAGAGUUGUACUUCAUGUACAUCUUUUUGAGAUUUUUGGGAUUGGUGGAUUUAACCUGAUCCCUUGGAUUGAAAGAAAUUAACGAACAAAACCAAAGAUCCACUUUGUAGGACUGGAGAUCCAUUGUCUUGGAAAUUAUCAACAUUAACAAACAUCUUUGUGUGCUGGAAUGAAAACGGAAAUGGCGAUGCCAAAAAGGGGAAUUAGUUUGUGUUCAUUUGGAAUAUUAUAUCUGAACAGUCUUAUUUUUACAACUACCAGUUACGCGCUGAAAGACUGCAGGGUCACACGGCAGACGGAGGCCAACUGUCAGAAGAACAGUUUAAAAGUAUUUCCAAAGGACAUUCCAGCAAGAUUCACAAGUAUAGACCUGUCUCAUAACUACAUUUCUAAACUAAAUAAUAGUGAUUUGAAAAAUUUACCAAAUCUGUUGCGCUUAGACCUGAAACGCAACUCUAUCUCCAAAAUUGAAUCUGGCACUUUUGUGUGUCAAAUCUCUCUAGAGGUGUUGAAUUUAAACAGGAAUUGGCUUUCUGUGCUAAAGGAGGGUAUGUUUGAUGGCUUAGUCCAUCUCACAGAAUUGCAUCUGACUGACAAUCAUAUUUAUGUAGUUGCACCGGCCUCUUUCAAGUCUCUGAGGAAGCUUACGCUUUUAAACCUAGGUCAUAACAAGCUGCGCAAACUCUGCCACUUAACAAAUAUCUUACAAAAUUCACCACAUUUACAAACCCUGAACAUUAAUUCAAACAAAAUUCCCAAAUUUAAUUCAUGGGAGCUGUCAAAUACGUCUACAGAACUUGUUUCACUUGAUUUGUCUCUAAAUCAUCUUAAGGUCUUUAGGGUCACUGCAGAUAUCUUUCCCAACCUCACAAGUUUAAAGCUUAAGGAUAAGGGUAAAAGGAAAAAUAUCGUCUGGGAGGUGAGUGACACAUCGUACCUUAGUGGUGUGUCUAAACUAUAUAUCAGUGGGAUUCACUCCUCAUUACAUGGAAUGCUGGAAGUUCUGGAGACAUUUAACUCCUCACUGAUGUAUCUGAAGUUAAACCAUUUUAAUAAAAACCUGCGGGUUCUCGUCAAUAUUUCCUGCAAAAUGCAAUUGCUGACCUAUCUUAAUCUCCGAAAUAACUGCAUCAUAUUUAUUAGAUCAGACAUGCUGUCCUUGUGUACUAAUCUGAAUAAGCUGGACUUGGGGGAAAAUAAGAUAUCUGACAUCUCUGAAAAUUCAUUUCAAUCUCUUUGGCAGCUUAACAUUUUAAUUAUAAAGUCUAACCGUCUCACAUCAGUUCCCCAUGCCGUAAGGAAAACUCGAAUCUCAAAACUGGUUCUCAGCUUCAAUAACAUCAAUGUUCUUGGCUGUGAUGAUUUUGCCAAUAUGACCCGUCUCAGAAAUCUUCAGCUCAAUGAUAAUCGUGUCUUGGUUCUAAAGGACUGUGUUUUCAAAAAUGUGGUCAAUUUAAAGACCUUAAUAUUGCAAAACAACAACAUUUAUAAAUUAAACAGUGCCUUCAAAGAAAACAUGCCAAAUCUCCAAGUGCUUGAUUUGUCUAACAAUCAACUCGAAGAUCUAGAUGUGGGAGAAUUUAAAGGGUUGCAUUCCCUCGAGAAACUGUCAUUACAAGGAAACAAAUUAAAAAAAAUUAAAAAGGGGACUUUUUCUGGACUGACCAAACUUAAGUAUCUUACUCUUCAAUCAAAUAAAAUAACUGAAAUUUCCAAUGCUGUUUUAAAAGACUUUGAAGCUUUGAAGACAUUGAAUUUGAUGAGCAAUCACAUUACAUAUGUAUCUGAAAACCCUAUUGAUUAUCCACCAUUUGCUGAGCUUUCACAACUCCAUAAAUUGCUUAUUUCAGCUCAAAAAGGAAAUCAUAAGAACAACCUUCCUCAAAACUUUCUUCAAGGCCUGACAAAUCUGUCAGUACUCAAUAUCAAGAAUGACAAGCUUACAUCCCUUCACCCACACUUCUUCAACUAUACUCCUAAUUUAAAUAAGCUUUAUUUGAGCUCAAAUGAUUUCACAGACCUUCCCGACAAUUUAUUUUCCCCGAUUCAAAAACUAAAAGGUCUUUAUAUUUCAGGAAUAAACCUGAGGUCUCUAGAUUUUCUGCUCCUUGCUAACCUCACAAAGCUGAAAUCCUUGCAGGUGAGGAAGAAUGCUUUUUCUGUGAUUAGAGAGCCAGUGAUGCUGUCUCUGUCAGCCCUUGAAUACCUGGAUUUGCAGGGUAAUAGCUUCACCUGUAACUGUGACAACGCGUGGUUCCUCCAAUGGGUUACAACCAACAAGCAAACACAAGUGUUUGAUGCAUACAACUUUGAAUGCAACUACCCUCCAAACCUCAAAGGGAAAAAACUUUUGGAGAUUGACAUCCGUUCUUGUACAGUCGACAUUGGCUUCAUCUGUUAUAUUUCAACGGCAUGCGCGGUCAUCAUGACCAUAGCAGUCUCCUUCACCCACCAUUUCCUACAAUGGCAUCUGGUCUACGCGUACUACCUCAUGCUGGCGUUCCUCUACAACUCAAAGCACAAGAACAAGCGUGCUCAUCAAUACGACGCCUUCGUCUCCUACAACGCAAACGACGAGGGCUGGGUGCUGGGGGAGCUGCUGCCCAAGCUGGAGGACGAGCAGGGCUGGAGACUGUGUCUGCACCACCGAGACUUCCAGCCAGGCAAACCAAUCAUGGAAAACAUUACAGACUCCAUCUAUGGCAGCCGGAAAACCAUCUGUGUGGUCAGUCGCGAUUACCUUCAGAGUGAAUGGUGCUCCGGAGAGAUCCAGGUGGCAAGCUUCCGUCUGUUUGACGAGCAGAAGGACGUGCUGAUCCUGGUGUUUCUGGAGGACAUACCCAUGCAGCAGCUGUCUCCGUACUACCGCAUGAGGAGGCUCCUGAAGAGACAAACCUACCUGAGCUGGUCCCGCGCAGACGCACACCCAGACCUGUUCUGGGAGAAGCUCCGGCAGGCCCUGGACAACCAGGAGCACCCAAUGGGAGAGCAUCUACGGCUCACCGUGGAGGACGGACCCCCAGGAGAGAGACCAGACAAGUCAAAGGUUUAGAAAUGCUGUGGGGGGGUUUACCUUGAGACACCCUUGGUCUGUCUCUAUGGAGGGAAAGUGAAACAGUUCCCCUUGCUGGCUUUGUUAGUUUAAACUCAUUAUUGGCUGUGUCUUCUUAUUCUGGUUAUUUUUACAUCUGGUGUUGAUUUGUUUUUGUAUGCAUUGUGAUUCUGGAUCCACCGGUCUCACCGAACUAUGGAAAACUAAAGGUUUUUAUUUACUUUGGAUGUUUUCGAAUUAUUUAGAGAUUAUUAACCUGUUGUAUAACGAUAUUGACUCUGGGGCACGCGCCUGCUCCGAUGUAGAGUAGGCGUGGCCUAUAUGACGUAGUACAUGCUCUGGUGGAUAUGAUCUGAGAGCCUGCUUCCGGCUUCCUCAUGUGUGAUGAUGCUGCCAUCUUGUGGCCAUGAGCAGUUAUUACAGUUUAUAUGUUUGGUCCUGCUCCCUUGUGGCUAUCUGCAAGUAUUACAGCUUACGUGUUUAUUUUCAUGACACCUGCGGCACCCUGAACUCAGCGACCACGGUCACCACAAUAUUAAUAACAACAAUAUUGGAAUUGAAAAAUUGAAACAUACAUGAAGUAGAUGCAGAACAGUGUUGAUAGACCUUGUUCAGUGAAAGGGUGGAGAAAGAAGCUGACUUUGUGUCGGCUGGUUCAGCGAACAGUGCCCUGCAUCGCCUACCACAGCGAAGGAGGUUGAACAGUUUGUGACCAGGAUGUGAGGGAUCUAGGCCGAUUUUGCUGCCCUUUUCCUGACCCUAGACUGGUACAUGUCCUUGGUGGUGGGAAGGUCAGCUGCAAUGAUUCUCUCCGCAGCCCAUAUUGUCUGUUGCAGUCUGGCCCUGUCCCGUUCGGUGGCUUACCCAAAUCAGACAGUGAUCGAGGUGCAGAUGACACAGUAUAUCCUCUGCUUGGCCAUUUUCUGGACGGAGUAAAUGUGGGGACACCAUUUUAGGUCCUGUGAAAUGGUUGUUAGUGUAGACGGAGAAGAGCAGCGGGGAGAGGACACACGCCUGUGGGGCGCCAUUGCUGAUGACUGUCAAUCAUUGCUGCCUGUCAAUCAGGAAGCUGAUGAUCCACUGAAAGGUGGUGGCAGGCACUACAAACUGGGUGAGCUUAGGGCUGGGCGAUAUAUCGAAUAUAUGCAAUGUAUCGCGAGAUGUUCUCCAGGGGAUGUAUAAAAUGCCCAUAUCGCGAACAUCGAAUAUAAAUUGGGACGCAAUGUUUCUUUUUGCCGCCGCCGGCAUACUCGUUGUGCUUUCACGCGACGGGGCGACAAGAUCUCAUACAAAGUGAAUGUAGAGACGCGUAUCUGCCAAUCAGCGUUCAACAGCGUGGCCACUGAGUGACAUGUGUAACGUAACAGCCAACCAGCGUUCAACCGUCAAACUCGGUGCAGUGCAGUCCGGGGUGAACUGCAGCACGGAGGAGAAAGUGAUUGUUGCCGUUUGCGACUCCCGGAGCUCUAUAUAUAAUAAUAUAUAAUAUAAUUGGUUAUAUAAUAUCACGGAUAAAAGCUCUGUGCGCCUCCUGAUGGCCGUAGCGUGGGGAGCUCUCAUAGGGAUUGGGCUUCUCGGGGUUUGUUUAACGCACAGCGUUCCCUUCACUCGCUAUUUCCGGUGGCUCUCUAAACUCACCUCCCCCGCCCAUUGCGAGUCCACGAGAUUCUCAUGGACGCGCGUGUGUGACGUAGUCUGGAAGGCGCGCUGCUGUAGGUGCGUGUACCUCCGACCGGUGAGUGAGAACAGCCAGAAAGAGAAAAAAGGAUGGAAACUGAGGAUUUGGUUUCGAAAAAGAAUAGCACUGGAUCCUUCGUCUGGCAGUGUAUAUAUAAUAAUUAUUAUUCAAACUGUUAAUAAAUAAUUAACGGUUUGAAUAAAUGCUGUGUUGGUAAAUCUAACUUGCUGUGAUUUUCCUUUUCUUAUGUGCAAGUUCUAAAUUGUUCCAAUAGAAAGCACUGAUGAGUUUAAACAAUAUGUUGUUUCAUGUAAUCUACAUGCAGACUUAUGUUUCAGUAAUACUAGAAUUAUUACUGACGUAACAUUAUGCCAGACAUGGUUGAAUCGAGCAUUUAUGAUGUGCUCUAGAGGAGAUUCAAAAUAUAUCGAGAUAUAUAUCGUGUAUCGAGAUAUAGUAAAAAAAUAUUGAGAUAUUCAUUUUGGCCCAUAUCGCCCAGCCCUAGGUGAGCUACUGAUGAAGGAUUUCAGGGAUGAUGGUGUUGAACGCCGAGCUGAAGUCAACCAACAGGAUCCUGGCAUACGUCCCUGGGUAGUCGAGGUGGUGCAGUAUGUACUGCAGUCCAGUGGCAGCUGGUGGUAUUUAAAGUGAGGGAGGAAGGGCUGCGCGCUUGGUUGCCAUUGGCCUGCUUGCACUGUUGCGUGUAUGACGGCAUAAGAAUGUGAGACUCAAGUUGUUUCAGGGUGUUUUGGUGAACUACAAAAUAGUAGGGAGGGAUAGUUAUGUGAAUAAAAUUGAUACAAAGCCCUCAGUGGCAUCAUUGUUAUUUGAAAGCUGGUGGACAGCAUGUCUUUGAAAUGGACUUCAAGGGCAGAAGGAAAGGAUGCAAAGCCUAUUGGUCAAAUCAGGCCUACUCUUGAUUUGUAAAAGUAAAAAAAUAAAUCUGGGCCUAUUGUUGCCCUCAAUGACUGAAGUUACUGGUUGUAAUUUAGCUAUGUUUAUUUUCACUUACAAUUGUUUUAAGAAAGGAUUCAAGACCAAAAGUGAUGCCAUUUAAAAUGCGUCAUGCACAGAAUCAUUCACCCUUUCGACACCCUUUCCACAAUAUCAAACAGAACGGUCUGAGUAUCAAACUAGUAAAAGAACAAGAACAUUAUUUCAAACAACCUGAUCUAUAGCAUGGUGCAUAGCAAGGAAAGCAGCAUAGCAGCACCAACAUGAUCUUGACACUUGACACUCUUGACGCAACGUUUGGUUGCCCCAUCAAUAUUUUUCACAUCGGUGAAACCAUGAACAGCCCACGUUGGAGAUUUACCAUUAAUCAUUCAUAGCAAACGGGGCCAGCAAUACAGUCGAUUGCUAGUAAUGCUACCAGUAAGCCAUGAGUACCUAGAAAACCAUGUAACACCCACAACAUUGACGUUGCGAUUACUUUAGGUUUUGGUGAUCUCGAUUUUGGGAAAUGGUCUACCUUUUUCUUUUGUGUAACUCACCAAUGUAACUCAAUGAAUAAAAUGCCUUGUGUAAUAAAAUAUGAACAAUGUCCUCUGUUUCUAUUUGUCUACGUUCCCCGGGUCCUACGUUCCCCGGGUCCGCUAUGUUCCCCUCUUUGUAUGAGACUGGGGAACAUAGGACCCUUUUUUUAAAAAGGGUCCUAUGUUCCCCAGUCUUUUUCCACCAUUACUGCCAAAUUCCGAGAUAACCAAGAUAACCACCAUUGCAUGUCUUUACCUUUUGUGGAAGAGGGAGAGACGUCGGAGAACCCGACGCAGUCUAUUCACAAUAUUGUAAUGACCACGGAAGAGGCAGUGAAUGAAGUAUUGAUUAGACAGAUUUAUUAUAUAGGCCUAGAGGUGUACGGUAUAAACGGUGCUGAAGGUAUACCGGUGUGAAUUUGCGCUACGGUAUGGAUUUUGACGUUACCUCGGGACCGGUGUGACCGGUAGACAAUGUUGUGUGUAACGCCUAACAAAGUAAGUAAUGCGUUAAUACAGUUCCCUAACUACUUUUUCAUGUUAAAAGUAAAGUUACGAGCAACUACUGAAAAUAUGGUAACGAAACAUAGUUCCUUUUUCAAUUCGGCACCACGUAGGGAUGCAAAUUAUCGAGUAAUUCAUUAAUCGAUAGUUGUUUCAUCUUAUCGAUCGAUGAUCGAUUAAUUGAUAAGCGGCAAUUCUUCUGAGAAGCUGAAUUUCCUUCUGAAUGUGACACAUUUAGGUGGUAAUUCAACGAAGUUGUUUAGUUGUUGUACUUUAAAAUACAUUUACAUUUAGGGCAUUUAGCAGACGCUUUUAUCCAAAGCUACUUACAAUAAGUACAUUUGUCAAAAUACUUCCACAUAUUGUGCAUUUGGCGUCUUUGUCGUCAUUAACCAACUUAAAGUGGCUCCAUACUGCACUCCGUUUUGCCCUCUUCAUAGCUGUGUUCGAAAUCGUUCCCUAUACACUCGUUCCCUAUUCCCUAUAUAGUGUACAUGAUAUAGUGCACUAUAUAGGGAAUAGGGAACGAGAAUUCGGACACUACGCUGAACAUUUCUAAACGUCAUUUGCGUCAGUAAAUGCGCCGGGUAUUUGUGUGACGCAGACAGAUGCGCCCACAUCAAGUAAACAAACCGGGCACUCACGACGAAAUCUGGAGGUUGUAUUGAUGUUGAAUGUUACAUUUCCUUGUUUAAUUAAUUUUGAAUGUUAAAUAUUCUAUGUUAAAUCCCAAAUAAAUUGUUGACAUUUCUAAACGAAAGCCGGAGACUCCAUCAUUAAAUGUAUUCGUUUUCGCGGUUAUUCGGCUUCUUCUUCUCCCCUGGAAAAAUACAACCGCAUUGCAUUGUGGUAUACGGGAGUAACAUGUAGGGAACAUCGUAUGUACCCUAUUUUAAGUCCACUAUAUAGUGCCCUAUAUAGUGGACCACUGAGAAUUCGAACACCCUAGAAAAUGGCGUGCACCCUAUUUAGUGCACUACAUCCAUGAUAGGGAACGAUUUCGAACACAGCUAGUAGUGUCCCGCUUUUCGUUUGUCUUGUUCUGCUUCGCUUGUGAUCCCGCUUGUGUUCCCGCGUGUGCGUCAAGUACGUCUGGCGUCAAGCGCGCCCUCACGUGGACGGUUGGGGAAUUACGGGUUAAAAAUGCGAUUAAUUGCAAGUAAUUUAUUUUAAUCGAGUAAUCUCUUAUCGACAAUUAAUCGAUAAUCGAUUAAUUGUUUGCAUCCCUCCACGUUACUUUUCCCAGGGACAGAUUGAAAGCGAUACUGCCUUCUCAGGCAGUAUGCUAUUGCACAAGUAUGCAGGUGCGCAGCAAGCGCUCCUGCGUGCUUGCGCAAUAGUCCCUUCACGAGCUCUCAUUCCACAACGUACGAGACAGACGCUGGUAGCGUGAAGCCGUCUCUGCAAUCAGACAUUGCUUCCGCAGGCAUUUUGAAAGCCAGUCCUUACAACAAAAUGCCAGUGGUGGAACGAGAUGACAAACGUCACUGUUUACCUGUCUAAGGAAAUGGCUCCCUUUCAAAAUGUUGAUAGAAAGGGCUUUAAAGAGAUGGUCAAAACACUCGAUCCCAGGUACUACGCGUUACAUGCCCGCACACACUUCAGCCAAAUUGAGAUGCCAAAACUAUACGGCAAGGUCCGCAAGCAAGUGGAGAAACAAAUCCAUACUAUUAAACAUUAGUGUUUUUCAGAGAUGGAAGUAACUUGAGAAAAUAUUUUUAAAAAAAAAAAUGCGGUUUUCCAGUAUUUUACCCCUUCAGAGGCAUUUAUAUCGAAAUUAGAAGAUAGAAUAAACAAACCGUGAUAUAAAUCAGAUACCGUCUAUUCCUCAAAUCAU